UCUAUUUUUAUUUAAUUUAAACAUGUAAAGGGUUAUGUAGCCACAAGUAUUAGAAAGGAGGGGAAAAGGAAAAGUGCAUAAAUUCUUACAAGAAUACAGGACUUAUUUACCCAUCAAAUUAAUAACUUUUCUCAAAAGAAGAGAUAUCAUGGUUUUGUUUGUUAUAAGGUAAUUUUGACAUACAGUCACAUACAACUUUCAAGUCACUGCAAAUUGCCUGCGGUAAAAGUUCUGUAUUUAUUGGAUAUGAAAUAACAGCUUAUAUUUAAAAAAAACGUGGUGUGGAUGGUAAUUCUAAAACAAUAGCCUCUUAUUUAAGCUACUUUGGCUAUUACGGUAGUCUAAUUUAGCCUCGAAAUGCGUUGUUCUUUUUUCCCCACCAGUAAUCCGACAUGUAGGCGCUCCGAUUGGCUGGCAGGCGAGCCACUUUUGAACAUGAAUUACUAGCCAAUCCGAGCGCAGAAGGCGAGACAACUCCAACCAAUCCUAGUGCACGGUGGGUGGGGCUUUUCGAAAAACCGGUGGGUUAAAAAAAUAAUAAACAACGCCUGUCGAAUCUCCCGCAGUGCAUUUUUCGUUGCUAGGCAAGAAAGCUGCGACACGCGCCUUCGCAACCAGAAGGUUCUGUUUUCAUUCGGUUUCUCAUCACAGCCUUUAUUAUUGUUUUUCCGCAUAUUCGCGCUGCGGAACCCACGUUUUAAACGAAACCGGUGUGUGCUUUUGUUCAUUUUUUUCUUUCACGACCAGCGUUGCCUGCCCUCUGCGUGUCAGCCAGCGCUAGCCGAGCCAGCUGAGGCUCCUCUACAUUUGGCGUGCUGAAAGUGCAGAGUGCUGUGAAUGGUCCCAGCGCAGAGUUACUGAGCGCAGCAACAGCAGCAGUACAGGGCGGUGUUCAUGCCAGAUCUGCAGCGUGCGAGCUUUCCGUGCCGCAGCAUGAAUCCGUGGCUGGGAGAGCAGGGUGAAGCCGGAGCUCCGGACUCCCCCUCCACUCUGCUCCCCGACUCUUCUUUCCUCUUUCUGACCGAGCCGCAGCCCCCCGCUCAGGACGGCGGGGCUGAUCUGCCAGCUCUGGCGCCCGUGAGCGGCUCUCGCCACCGGGCCCUGCCUCCUCAUCCCCAUUCUCACCCUCCCGCCGCCGCGGCGCUGCGCAACGACCUGGGCUCCAACAUCAGCGUGCUGAAGACGCUUAACCUGCGCUUCCGCUGCUUCCUGGCCAAAGUCCACGAGCUGGAGAGGCGCAACAAGAUCCUGGAGAAGCAGCUGCAGCAGGCGCUGGAGAGCAACGCGGGUGAGGAAGGGCCGCGGGCGCAGAGCAAAGAGAGCGCGGUGCAGACCGGCUUCGUGGGGCCCAUCCCCGUCCGGCCCUCGUCCCUGCCCUUUCAAAACUCCAACAGCUCCUCCGCGAGGAGACCCACCGUUUUGUUCACGCCUCCUCUGGCCGCUGCGCUCCAGGCUCGGAGUGCGAAUCCGGCCAUAACGCUCAGCGCAUCGACGCCCACCGAGCCCGCCGCGGCCAACACGAACAACUCCAACAAUGCGCCCAAUGUGAAUAGCGCGGCCCCCAACCCUCCUCCCCGCUUCCUCCCCGGCACCAUCUGGUCCUACAGCCCCAGCCGGAGAUGGGGCGCGGGCACAGAGAGGGUCACCAGCCCUGGUGUGUCCUGGGUGCACCCAGACGGUGUGGGCGUGCAGAUAGACACCAUCACCCCCGAGAUUCGGGCACUGUACAACGUCCUGGCCAAAGUAAAGAGGGAGAGGGACGAGUACAAGCGCAGAUGGGAGGAGGAAUACACAAUGAGAGUGGAUCUCCAACAGAAGGUUAAAGACCUACACGAGGACCUGCAGGAGAGUGAGGUGUGUCAGGAUGAGCUGGCCCUCAGAGUGCAGCAGCUUAAGGCUGAGUUAGUCCUGUUCAAGGGUCUAAUGAGCAAUGACUUGUCUGACUUGGACAGUAAGAUCCAGGAGAAAGCGAUGAAGGUGGAUAUGGAUAUCUGCAGACGCAUCGAUAUCACAGCUCGCCUCUGUGAUCUGGCACAACAGAGGAAUUGCGAGGACCCAAUCAAAAUCUUCAAGGUACCAAGCCCUCAAUCAUCCAUCAACAAUCGUUCACGGAAGCAGACAGCUCAGCCUGCCAAUGGCAGUGAGACAGAUGAGCCAACCAGCACCUCAGAAAGUGAUGGAGGUGGAACAAAAGAGGAGGAUGCGGGCACCACCUCAGCCAAUCAGAUUAAUGAAGAGAUGCAGAGGAUGCUAUCCCAACUCCGUGAGUGUGAGUUUGAGGAUGACUGUGACUCUUUGGCCUGGGAGGAGACUGAGGAGACCCUGCUGCUAUGGGAGGAUUUCCCAGGAUGCACUCUGACCACAGACACUAAUCACAGUGAGGUAAGAAAUCAGGAGGAGUGUCUGGAGAAGGUGAUUAAAGAUACAGAGUGCCUGUUUAAGUCCAGGGAGAAGGAGUAUCAGGAGACCAUCGACCAGAUUGAGCUGGAGUUGGCUACGGCAAAGUCUGACAUGAACAGGCACCUGCAUGAGUACAUGGAGAUGUGCAGUAUGAAGAGAGGACUGGACGUUCAGAUGGAGACCUGCAGAAGACUCAUCACCCAAAGCGGAGAGAGUAAAUCCCAAUCUCCUAGCCCUGGCGGAGGACUGGAAGGGAGCGAUGACUCAGAAAGAGAGAAGACUGGAGAGGGAGGAAGAUAAUAACGAACAACAUAAUGAAGAAAAGAAAAAAACAUUGUUAACCUCUUCUCAUCUCUCUGUUAACCCUAAGCCAUAUUUAGCGCACAGGUGCUGGUGCAACACUGCUGAAGUCAUACUUUCCUCAAUGUUAGGGGCAUGGACAGACUGUCUGGGUCUUUCAGACCACUAAAUAUUUCCCAGAAUAUCAGGGGGGCAAUAGAGUUUGAGUCACAUGAAUAGGCUUUGUGAUGACUGACUCUGACAGUGACUGCCCCCUAGUGGUUAUAAUUGGGAUUGAUUGAUGUUGUAUGGGUGUAGUGACGGAGCUGAUUUUUUUCCAUACCUGUUUUCAUUCAUCAGAACUAUUCUUUUGCACACAGUUAACAUUUGCUUUACAUUUAAAUAAGUAAUUGUUGAUUUCAGGUAAAGGAAUUUCUAUUGUUAAAAGAUUUGAGAGAAUGGGAAGCAAAUUAAAGGAGUAGAGGAUGUGUUCUGAUGGCUAUUUGCUGUCUUUACAAGUGAGUGGUAACCUUUGUUAUUUGACAUAAUGGGCAAUGCACUCAAAAUACUGAAUGUUUGAGUCUAGCACACAUCAAUAUCAUUAGAAUGUCUUUUCUGCUAGUCUUUGUGUGGUGUGGCAUUUUGAAGAUGUGACCACUGCUAGUCCAUGUUCCGUGAUUCCAUGAUAAGGUUCCUCUUCUUCAUUUUUUUUAAAACUGAAACCUUGGGUGUCAAACAUUCAUGAGAAUGUUUUUUUUUCUUCUGUUUCUGAGGCAAUAUGAUUUAAUGUAUUGUGGGUGGUGUAGGAUCCUUAAUAGUAGUGCUGUAUGUUCUCGCUGUAAUCUUUUACAUAGUAUGAAUAUAAAUAUUUGCUGUGAAGGGCAUAACUUGUGGUCAAACAGAGGGUUGGUUAAGCCUUUUAUGCUGUUCUGUGAUCAGUAUCACAGCGUUUCUUGCUAAAGGGCAACUGGAAAGCUGUUUUACGUACUUGCUCUUGUCUUCCUCAAUGGCAGACAAUGAUAUAUGAAGACAAUAUACAAAAACAUGUUUGCAUUGUCUGCUGUUACAGUUUUUGUGAAAAAGUUGCAGAUUAGCAAAGUCAAGAUGUUGUUUCUUACUUCCAUAAUGCUUUGCAUGGUUAUUCAAGCAUUUUCAACAUUAGCAAGGUGCAUUGUACCUCAUUAGUCCACCACCUACUGUGGUCAUGUCUUUCAAGAAAACCAGAAAACUAAAUGGAAGGCCACUUUGUUCCAUUUGGUUCUGUGCUGCCCUUUUACAGUGAUGUUGAAUCAGUGAUCUGUAAUAAGAAUUGGUAAAAAAAGAGGGCUCAGCACAGUGUAAAUGCUAAACCUUUUAAACUAUCGCCACAUCCUCACCUAAAUGUCAGCAGAGCAGAUAUAACACAAAUUGAAAGACGGCCACUUUAAGCUAUUCUACUGUAUAUAUGAUGCCUGAUACCUGAGAUGAUGUAUUAUAUAGUGUGAAAGGAAAUGAACUCCUACACCAUGUCUGCGUGUGUGUUUUUGUACUCGUUGGUUAGACGUCCGGUUUUCUGUCGCAGUAGUAAAUGCGGAGGUAGUCUCACAGAGUCAGGCGUUUGACUAAACCAAUUUUGACAGAUUGUGAUAGAUUUUGCAGCAGAUCUGACUAAAAUACAGGAAGAUUCACUGAUUGAGUGACUGGCAUGGUUUCAAGCCACUGGCAGUUCACACAAACGCCAUUGGUGGCUAGCAAAGUGGAAGCCAUUUCACUUGCACAAGGGCGACUGGUGUUUGGCAACUUCAGCCGUCAUAAAGCAGAAUACAGAAAUAGCAGAAAUGGACCAAUUGGUUAGUGGGUUGGUCAAGGCUCACUUUUUCCAUCUCACAUGCGAAUGUCAGGGGUGCUAUAAAUACACUUGGCUUCAGUGGUGUUCACAAGUGCAGUGAAACCAUGAAUACUUUGACCAUAGGGUGACAAAGAGUAGCUAGAUGAACGUACACCUGAGGAAGAAAAAUGCAUGCGCACACGCAGGCAUCAAAGAGGAGAAAUAACAUUGUUAUAUUUCCUAAUGUAGCUGGAAUAAUAUAAACCUCUACAGUGCCAAAUGUGAACUAAGCUUUCAGGGAAUUGACUCUGAGCAGCAAAGAGCAUCAGGAGCUGAUGCUUCCAUACAUGGUGCUGAAUGCCCAGCUUGUAAAUAUUUGCUCUGCUUUGAAAUUCAAAGAGUCAAAUGCUACUAUAACUGUAUGUAAGCUGUAUGUACAUGAGUAUCCUGCAAUAAGAAAAGAAAAUUGAGAAUGGCUCUUUAUGUAACAUAUUGUACAGUGCAGUCUGUUUAAAGCCUAUUCAGAUCAUGUUUUGUCCAGUUUCAGAUCCUCAUAUCUGCUUCUGUUUUUCAUUCUGAUUCUUCUAGUUUUAAAUCAGCACUCUCCCCCAAAGUCAGAGUCACUUAAUUUGGUCUUAAUUAGUUUUGUUAUCUUGUGUUUUGUACAGGUCGUGUAAAGACGUCCUACUCUGAGUAACAGUUUCCUUUAUUACUAUCUUCCAUUUGUGUAGGUUAGCAGAAAACAGCCCUCUUUCUAGUCCAGAUGUGUUUCUUUUAAAUGAGAAAAACAUACAUUUUUUUUACUUAAUCACUCAAAUGACAAGAAAAGUAGGGCUCUCAUUUUGCUUGAAAUCCCCCUUUUUGAUUUGAUUCUUUUAUUUGCUUUUAGCAGUGCACAUUUGAGACAUAGUAUGAGCGUGUGUGUGUGUGCGUGCACGCACGUUUUGAAUGUGUUUUCUGAUUUGCUAUACUGACCAGGAAUUUACUUGUUGUUUAUUUAAAUAUAAAUAGAAAAUAAUACUUAGAUCAUUUUAUGACCAUUUUAUGAUCUCAUGUCUUUAGUCAAAAUACUGUACAGAAACUUCUGUUUUCUGGUGUGAAUUGUGGCAAUAGUGUGCAAUACUGUUUGUACAGCACUUGAACCAGCUUUACAAAUCUCAGUUUUUCCUUCUCAGAUAUUAAUUCAGACUGCAUUGGGAAUACCUUAAAUUUGAAGCCACUAAAACAAUAAGUAAAUUUCUUGUAUAAAAACUUCUAUAAAGAAGACAAACAAAAGGCAAGGAGAAAAGAGAAUGCUUAUCCAAAAAGUAGGUAUGACUGCUAUGAUAUUGUAACCCAAAGGCAAUCAGUAAGGAUCUUUACUAUAUAAUCGCUGGCUAUGCAAACAAGUUCACUAUCCCUGUCAGAAGAGUUCUCCCUCAUGCUUUCAUGCAGAUUUAGAUACAUUCUUGUACCAGUUAGCACAAAACACAAAUAUGAUCUAUUGUGCUAUUGUUCAUGUGGCCCACAUACCCUGAAUGAUGGCCCGAAAGCAGGCCAGAUGCGAUUGCCAAAAUAUUUAACUAGAUCUAGUAGUUAAACUACUAGUUGAGUAGCUGUUAUGAUGGUUUAUGGUACUGCUUUGGGUAUAUAAAGUAUAGCAUUGUUGUUUAGCCAGAGUGCAUCAGUAGGGUCAAAAAAUGUAUAUAUGAGUUCUAGCAGCUGCAUCUGGCCUGCUAGUGGGCCAUCAUUCCAUGUGGUAUGUGGGCCACAAACAAAUGCUAUGGCUAAGGCUCAGGCCAUAUUAACAUUGCUGUCUGCCUCAAUAUGUACAUUAUGAACGUUAGUAGCACUUUACUUGAACCCUGCUAUGUAAAAUUGUAAUGCCAGAUGUCAUAUGCUGUCAUAAGUUGUCAUGAGAAAUUUUGUUCAAUAAUAUAAUAGUGUUAUGUUACCAUUACUGGUCAAAGUAAAAAUUAGCUUGUGACAUAAGAUGUCAUGACAUCAAACAUAAUGACAUCUGUCAUGACAAUUACCACUAUUGGUUACAUGACGCUGGUUUAUUAUUGAACACAAACUGUCAUGACAAAAAGACAGCAUAUGACACCUGCCAUGACAUAUUUAUGGCAAGAUUGUCAGUUUACGUAGCAGUGUUCAAGUGAAGUGUUACAGAAACGUUUGUGUCAUUGGAUAUCAAAAUACUUCAAGGAAUUUCUUUAAAUCAAGCGCCUUAUAUGUUUAUAGACCAUCUCUUAUGCUGUUGGCAUCCGUUAGCUGUGAUCUCCAAAGGCUACAAUGAUCUGAAUCCAGAUUUGUACCAUUUGACUGUAAGGCAUGAAUAAAAAGCUAAUCGGAUUAAUUGGAUAGUAAUUAUUUCUGAAUUCCGAAAAGAAGGCAAAGAACUGAGAAGCUAAUCGAACCACACAGGGAUGUUUUGCUUGAUUUAAAGAAAUCUUUUGACAGGGUGGCUGGACUCAUACUAAAGGCAUAACAAGAAUUGCAUUGCCUGCUUUAAUGAGUGCUGAAAGACUGGAUCUUUAAAAAGACUUGAAAAAUAAAAGAUAAUGCUGAAGAAA